AUGCCAGAGAAAAAGAAACAAAAAAAAGAGUCGACAUCUCCAUUCAAGGGUAACCUAGUUGGGAUCUCAUUGGUAGCUGUGGCAUUGUUUGCCAUCUACCAGUACCUCUACCCAAGCUCGUUUUCCUCUCAGCCUGAAACCCCAGCCCCAGUUUUCGAUCUGAGCAGUGAAUUAGAAGCAUUGUGUCCCGUGUACCCUGCAGUCAGAUCUUCCGACUUCGAAAAGGAUCGCCCCAUCUUAGAGAGAAUUCUGAACGAUCCCUCAUUUAGAAUCGCUUCUGCUCAAAAACUGAGUAAGGCUGUUCAGAUCGAUACCCAAGUGUUCGACGAACAAUUGGACGUGGCUCAAGACCCUGAAGUUUGGACCAAAUUCGUCAAGUUCCAUGAAUAUUUGGAGGCAACUUUCCCCACCGUUUACUCCCAAUUGAAGGUCGACAAAAUCAACACCUAUGGCUUGGUUUUCACUUGGGAAGGCUCAGACCCUAGUCUGAAACCACUCAUGUUCUUGGCUCACCAAGACGUGGUUCCAGUCCAGAAAGAUACUCUUCAGGAUUGGUCAUAUCCCCCUUUCGAAGGACGUAUCGCCGAUGACAGAGUUUGGGGACGUGGAUCAGCUGAUUGCAAGAGUUUACUGAUUGCAUUACUGGAAACCGUAGAAUUGCUGGUAGAUGAAGGGUACUCACCAAAGAGAGGUGUCAUCCUCGCAUUUGGAUUCGACGAAGAAGCUUCAGGUACCUACGGUGCUCACAAUAUCUCCAAGUUUUUGCUUGAGAAAUAUGGGCCAGAUAGUAUUGCCCUCAUUUUGGAUGAAGGUGAGGCUGUCAGUUACGUGGACAAGAAACAAACUACCCUCGUUGCAAAGAUUGCUACGCAGGAAAAGGGUUACCUUGACCUAGAGGUCGCAUUGACCACUGUAGGAGGCCAUUCUUCUGUCCCCCCUAAGCACACUGCAAUUGGCCUUAUUUCCAAGUUGGUCACACAUAUCGAAGAUCAUCCAUUGGACCCAGAAAUUAGUACCAGAAAUCCUCUGGUACAGUUUUCGAACUGUCUUGGUGCAGCUGGGGCUUUGAGAGAUGACUUCAAGACUGCUCUUGUUGCAUACAGCAAGGAUCCGUCGAACAACAUUGUCAAACAAGGUGUGAUUAAAGGUAUUUCCAAGAUUGCAUUUUUCUUCGGUUCUUUGAUUACCACAACACAAGCCACCGAUCUUAUUUUCGGUGGAGAGAAGAUCAAUGCUUUGCCUGAAAGUGCUAGAGUAGUUAUCAACCAUAGAGUGGACGUUGAGCGUGAUUCAGCCCAAAUCAUAGACAGAUUGAUUCACUUCCACGUUGUUCCUAUUGCCAAGGAGCACGGUUUCAAGGUCACUUACAGUGACUAUGGUAGUGACAAAGUUGAAACUGUCUACGAGCCAGAAGGAGUUGCCUCAUUGGGAGAAUUCCACGUUUCUCCUUUCUCCAGAGUCUGGGAGCCUGCUCCAGAAUCUCCAUCCGACGACAAUGUCUGGUCCAUCAUUUCUGGUACCACUCGUACGAUAUUUGAGGAGUUUGUGGACCCCUCGGCUAAACUUAUUGCAAGUCCAUACAUGAUGCCUGGUAACACCGACACUCGACACUACUGGCCGCUGACAAAGAAUAUCUAUAGAUACGUUCCAGGUAUUGUAGAUAUUUACAAGGCUAAGAUACACUCGGUAGAUGAAUCUACCGAGGUUGAUGCCCACUUGCAAGUUAUAGCUUUCUACCACGAGUUCAUCAAGGUUGCCAGCGAAUGGGAGCUUUGA